AUGGCAGAAGUCCUCGGUGGUAUUGCCAGUGGGAUCAGUAUCGUGCAGCCCGGGGGGAACCUUGCGUCUGGCAUCAUCAAACUUAAAGAUUACUGGGACCAGAUCGAGGACGCACUGGAUAAUAUAGCCUUUCUCAUGCGAGAGAUCGAAAGUCACCAGGUCAUUCUGCGUAGUAUUCUCGAAACGCAGGCAAGAGUUAGGUAUCCAAAUCAAGCUACCGGAGGAUUUUUUGAACAUAGCAUAAAACUAUGCCAAAAUGCUUGUAGAGAGUUAGAUGACCUUGUCACCAACCUGGCGAAAGAUGUCAGUUCCAACAGGAAAUGGAGACGGAAAUUAGGAUCUACCAAAGUUGUGCUGAAAGCAGACGAACUGAAGAGGUUGAAAAAGAGAAUGAAAAGCGCCUCCAGAUCCUUAUAUCUAGCUAUCUCCGGGCAGACCAACAAUCGUCGACCAUAA